GUGCGCUCGUCGCCCCCACCCUGCGCCGCCGCAGUCCAGCAACCCCCCACCCCAUAUGCCCCCGCCAUGGCAGCCCUCAACCUACGCCGCCGGCACGAUAGUGGCCGCAUCCCCCUGCCGCUCCUCCUCACCGGCCGGAUUUCACGCAUCCCCUGAUUCCGAUCCCCUUUCUUUCGUUUCAGAUGAAGAGAAGACCAUUGGAGAUACUUCCACAGCUGCCCCUCCUAUCUCCCUCGAUGAUGAAUUUUCGAAGGCCACCGCCAUGGGACCUUAUGCAAGUGCAGGCUGGUCGGACCUCCCCAUAGAUAUCCUCAUCCGGAUACUGCAUCUCCUUGAGCUCCCCGAGGCCCUCGCCUUCCAUGCUGUCUGCCCAUCAUGGCGUUCUGUGGCCGCAGGCGGUGCCCCACCUCGCCGCACGCCGUGGCUUGUGUCCUUGGCGAAGGAGCCUCUUCCGGCAGGGGAUCAACAGAGGCCUGUGCGUCGUGGAUUAUGGGAUCCUACUGCCACUUCUGAGCUCCGCAAUCUUGUGGAUGCUGAGAAAACUUUCCAGGUCAGCUUUCCCUGGGGCCAGGCCGUGGCCUGCUGCGGCGCCUCCCAUGGCUGGUUAAUCAUGGCAAACGAGCUCUCGGAUCUCGUCCUCUAUAACCCCUUCACCACGGCGUCGCUCUCGCUCCCGCUAGUCACCGGUUUUGCAUCGUGCAUCGAGGGGGUUUACGGAGAUGAAGGGAACGUCGUGGGCUAUCGUUACAGUUGUUUUGAGAGUGACAGUGUGUAUGAUCUGCGGUCUCUUGGUGGGUUUUUCUAUGACAAGGUUGUGUUGUCCGGUUCUCCAUCUGCUGAUCCCGCAAUUGCUUUGUCCAUGCACAUGGACGGUAAGCGACUCUCUUUUGCGAGGGUGGGAGAUAGUUCUUGGCGACAAGUUUCAGUGAUAAGGAGAAGCCUGGAGAGCUAUGCCGAUUGCGUCUACCACCGCGGCAGGUUCUACGUGGUGACAAUGGAAGGUAAAUUGAAUUCUUGGGGCCUCAGUGGACCGGAGGACAGACCGCCAAAGAAAACGAUCAUGGCCGAGGGAGAUGAUUACUUUUUUGAACUUAUCACGAGAUACCUAGUUUCAACUCCCUGGGGACAUCUUCUGCAGAUUCGUGUCGUCCUCGACAAGUAUCAGGAGCACUACGUCAGGGUUGAUGUAGAGAGGUUGGAUCUCAAGAGCAGCCAAAUGGUAGGAGUAAGCCCUGCGAAGGCUCUAAGAGGACACGCGGUGUUCCUUGGUCAGAAUAGCCAGGGUAUAUUGUCCGUCGAUAAAUUCCCCGAGGUAAGGCCAGAUUGUAUCUACUUCACGACUCCCCGUCUCAGGAGGGACGCUUUCGAGCAUCGCCAUAACCAAUGGAGCGUUGUGAAGGUCUAUGAUUUGAGAAGUCGGAAGCUGGAGGAUGCUUUUCUGUCGGGUGGUGGUCAUUAUGGAACAAUCUGUCCAUCGGAGGUCUGGUUCACGCCGAGCCUGUGAUCACUUAGCAACCAUGUCGGAAGAUGUUUCAUGCUGCACGCAUAACUGGUGCUUUGCUUUGAUUGUUUCCUUCUAAAUUCUUUUUGCAGUUGUUUGUUUCAAGAACGUGUUGCAUAAUGUGGAAAGUGUGAUUCGUGUGUAUAUAGAUUAAUGAGUUCUGUGUAUAUAGUAG